AGGCUUUCUGUGCUGUAUGGAAUCAAGCGUUCCGCCGCUGUUCUCGCGAGAUGACGCGUCUUUACUAUGUUUACAGGCAGUAUUUAGCAGCAGCAGUCUCCCCCUGCCGUCACUGCUUUACGGUCCGGUCGAGUGGACGUUAAACGCGCCGCCGCUACUGCUGGGAGGAGGAGGCUCUACCGACAUUUCGUGCCUGACAGCCGGCCGGAGGCUCCUCUCCUGCGGGACACGGUUUCAUUCAACCACCAACCGACCUCCGGUGUCGUUAAUUCAGCCGAGGAGAGGAAGAAACGAACCUGCAGCUCGCUUUGUUUGCUUCGCAGGGGUAGACAGAUCCCAUCCCGCCCUCACUGACUGAUCGGAGAGGGAAUCUUGACCAAGCCGACCGCCUCCAUCAUGCAGGCCUCCAUCCUCCUCCUCCUCUCCCCGUUUCUCCUCCUCUCUCUCCUCCUCCCCUCCUGCUCCUCUCAGGGCGAGUCAGACCUCACCGUUAUGACUCGUACUGGUCGAGUCCGUGGGUUCCGUCAGCCAGUGCUUGAACACAGCUUCGUCACUUCCUUCCUGGGCAUCCCCUUCGCCGAGCCUCCUGUUGGAAAGCGGCGUUUCCGGCGUGCCGAAACCAAGCGCCUGUGGACGGGGGUGUAUGACGCCAUGGAAUACCCCAACGCCUGUUACCAGUUUGUGGACACGUCGUUUCCCGGGUUCCAGGGCAGCGAGAUGUGGAACCCCAACAGACAGAUGAGCGAGGACUGUCUGUACCUGAACGUGUGGGUGCCCUCCUCGCCAAGACCGCACAACCUCACCGUCAUGGUGUGGAUCUACGGAGGAGGAUUCUACAGCGGCUCUUCUUCUCUGGACGUGUACGACGGUCGCUACCUGGCUCACAGUGAGACGGUCAUCGUGGUCUCCAUGAACUAUCGGAUCGGUGCGUUCGGCUUCCUCGCCCUGCACGGCUCCUCAGAGGCUCCUGGAAACGUAGGUCUGCUUGACCAGAGGAUGGCGCUGCAGUGGGUCCAAGACAACAUCCACUUCUUUGGAGGAAACCCCAAACAGGUGACCAUCUUUGGAGAGAGCGCGGGUGGAGCUUCAGUCGGGUACCACCUCCUGUCUCCAGACAGCCGGCCCACCUUCACCCGGGCCAUCCUUCAGAGUGGGGUCCCCAACUGCCCCUGGGCCUCGGUCAGCCCCGCAGAGGCCCGCAGACGAGCCACGCUGUUGGGCAAACUGGUCGGCUGUAACGGCGGCAACGACACAGAGCUGGUGGACUGUCUGAGGAGCAAAACCCCCCAGGAGCUCAUCGACCAGGAGUGGCAGGUCCUGCCGUGGUCAGCCCUCUUCAGGUUCUCAUUCGUCCCUGUGGUCGAUGGCGAGGUUCUCCCUGACACGCCAGAGGCCAUGCUGAGCUCAGGAAACUUUAAAGACACUCAGGUGCUGCUCGGGGUCAACCAGGACGAGGGAUCCUACUUCCUGUUGUACGGAGCGCCAGGCUUCAGCAAGGACAACGAGAGCCUCAUCUCCAGAGAAGACUUCCUGGAAGGUGUGAAGCUGAGCGUUCCUCAUGCUAACGACAUCGGUCUGGAGUCUGUGGUGCUGCAGUACACCGACUGGAUGGACGAGAACAAUGGGUUGAAGAACCGCGAUGCCAUGGACGACAUCGUUGGUGACCAUAAUGUCAUCUGCCCACUUGCUCACUUUGCUCGCUCCUAUGCCCAGCACAACGCCAUGAAGGCCAACACAGGGGGAGCGGGCGGGGGGAUGAACAGCGGAGGAAACUCACAGGGAGGCGUCUACCUGUACCUGUUUGACCACCGGGCGUCUAACCUGGCCUGGCCCGAGUGGAUGGGAGUGAUCCACGGAUACGAGAUCGAGUUUGUGUUCGGCCUCCCGCUGGAGAAGAGACUGAACUACACGCUGGACGAGGAGAAGCUGAGCCGACGCAUGAUGAAAUACUGGGCCAACUUCGCUCGCACAGGGAACCCCAAUGUGAACCAUUGA